AUUUACAAAACUCUCGUCGCUGUUUUUGGAAUACACUCUUCCUUUUCCCAUACUAUAAGGUCAUGUCCGAUAGAGAAACGAGCGGCACGAUGGAUGCGGAGUACUCGACCGUGGCACUGAAAGGGCGGGAGUUGGAAUGGGCCGUCAACUCGCCCGAACUCUUGGCUUCCCACAAGGCCGUGAACGGCUCCAUUAUUCGCACUCGUUUUCCGCCCGAGCCUAACGGCUACCUCCAUAUCGGACACGCCAAGUCGAUGAACAUGAACUUUCGUCUCGCGUUCGACAAGCUUGGUGUCCCGGAAGCACACCGUCGUACGAUUUUUCGCUACGACGAUACCAACCCGGAAGCCGAAUCCGCCGAGUACAUUGACAGUUUGCGUCGAGAUGUGGCUUGGCUAGGAUGGACACCGGAACGAACGACGUACAGCUCGGACAACUUUCAGCAACUGCACGACUACGCCGUUGUUCUUAUCCGAAAGGGACUCGCGUACGUGUGUGACAUGACCAAGGCCGAAAUGGAGAUCCAACGGGAACUCGCUAUGAAACGAGCCAACGCCCGGAAUACCGGCAAAGACCCCGACGUGGAAUGUCCCAUUCCAAGUGAAGACAUUCUACCUGGACGCAAUCGGAACACUUCUGUGGAUCGCAAUUUAGAAUUGUUUGAAAAAAUGAAACUCGGAUUCUUCAAUGAAGGCUCCUACACACUCCGGUUGAAAAUGGAUCUCGAAAGCUCCAAUCCGAACAUGUACGAUUUAGUCGCCUACCGGAUCAAGUACACUGCGCACCCGCACGCCGGUUCUGGUUGGUGCAUUUACCCCAGUUACGAUUGGACACACGGCACCUGCGACAGUUUGGAACAUAUUGAUUACAGUAUUUGUACACUCGAGUUCGAGACUCGCCGUGAACCAUACUUUUGGAUUCUGUGGGCCCUCGACCUAUACCGGCCGAACGUGUACGAAAUGUCCCGUUUGAACUUGCAGUAUACCGUUUUGUCGAAGCGUCGACUCAUUAAGCUAGUCGAGAAGGGCUGGGUUCGGGGUUGGGACGACCCCCGAAUGCCUACUGUAUCUGGUCUACGACGUAGAGGCUACACGGCCCAUAUUCUCAACUCCUUUUGCUCCGAUGUGGGCGCGUCUCGAGCAAGUAACGUGGUAGAAAUUACCAAACUGCAACAAACGGCUCGUGUUAAUCUUUCUGACUUAUCACGACGAGUCAUGGCGGCGUUGGAGCCCAUUGAAGUUGUUUUGACGAAUUUCGGUACAGAAACGGCCCAGGAUGCAACCCUGACGUUCGAAGUGCAAAACAGUCCAACCGAUGUGAGCCUCGGAUUUCACACGGUUACAUUGACGCCUACAAUAUACCUGGAUUCGGCAGAUUUCCGAUUGGAAGAUUCACCGCAGUAUUACGGGCUCGCGCCGAACAAAGCCGUUGGUCUCAAGUAUUACGGAGGCAAUCUUGUUUGCGAAAAAGUCAUUCAAGACAAAGACGGAAACGUUGUCCAAUUGGAAGGCCGUCUCGACAAAUCAGAAAAUCGGGAGAAACCCAAGACAUACUUGUCUUGGGUCCCAUCGGACGGCAUACGCUGCGAAGUCCGUGUCUACAACGAACUCUUUACCGUCCCGGAACCUUCGGAUUUGUGGGAAGAUGAAGUCAAUACGGAAUCGGAAAUUGUCCAUCAACAAGCAAUUGUCGAUCCUUCCAUUCGCGACGUUGUGUGCGUCCACGACAUUGACAAGUGGAAGUCGAAUGUUUCGUUGCAGUUCGAACGCCUCGGCUACUUUGUCGUUGACUACGAAACUACCUACAAUGGCGCCACCAACGAGGGCCAUUUGAUAUUCAACCGCACCGUCACUCUUAAGGAGGAAGUCUUCAAGAAAAAGCUUACCAAAGAGGAAGAAGACAAGAUCACAGCGCGCAAGGCUCAGACCAAGAACGAUCUGGAAGCCAAGGGUAUACGUAUGCAAAUUGAUGCGUUGAAUUUGUUUAAGGAGGCCGAGGAGUACCGAGGCAAGUACAGUAAGUACGAUGCGGGAACCGGUGUACCGACGCACGAGGUUGACGGCACGGAAUUGACCAAGUCCAUGAUGAAGAAACUGGCCAAGGAGCAGGUCAAGCAUAAAAAGCAGCAACUAGCGUGGAACAAGAAUAACAAAUAGACACGAGGUCAACCAAU